UGGACGAACUGGAACUGGUUCUCCACUUUAGUUCAAGAAGAUUUUCCGUUAAUUUCUUCGGAACUCUGCAACACUAAGUUGCUCUGCAAGCUUGCUUUUAUUUAGAUACAAAAGAUGCCAAGGACAAAGGCCGGCGCUCAAGCAACUGAAAAUCCAACUGAAGCAGGAGAAUCUACAGAAUCAAAAGAGCAUGUGGACCUUGAUGGAGAUGAUGAUCCUGAAGAGACAAUAGAGGAGGAAGAAGUGGAGUAUGAAGAAAUAGAGGAAGAGGAGGUGGAAGAGGUUGAAGAAGAGGAAGAGGAAGAGGAAGAAGUUGAAGAGGAGAUCGAGGAAGAGGAAGAAAACGAGGGGGCUACUGAUGCAAGUAUAAAAGUUGCCGAAGGUGUGCCAGAAGAUGAGAAAAAGCAGCACGCUGAGCUUCUUGCACUUCCCCCUCAUGGAUCAGAAGUGUACCUUGGUGGCAUUCCUCGUGAUGCUUCUGAAGAUGAUUUGAGGGCAUUUUGUGAAUCUAUUGGUGAAGUCACUGAGGUUAGGAUAAUGAAGGGUAAAGAUUCAGGUGAGGCAAAGGGUUAUGCUUUUGUAACCUUCAGAAAUAAGGAAUUGGCAUCUAGGGCCAUCAGGGAACUGAAUAAUUCUGAACUAAAGGGAAGAAAGAUAAAGUGUUCAACAUCUCAAGCCAAGCAUCGAUUGUUCAUUGGUAAUGUUCCCAGGAAUUGGGACGAGGAAGAUAUGAAGAAGGCUUUGAUGGAUGUUGGACCAGGAGUCGUUUCUGUGGAACUAUUGAAGCAGGUUCCACAUGCGCACAACUCGAGCCAGAAUCGGGGAUUUGCUUUUGUUGCGUAUUAUAAUAGUGCAUGUGCAGAAUAUGCGAGACAAAAGAUGUCUAACCCAAAUUUUAGGCUUGAGAGUAAUGCUCCAACUGUGAGCUGGGCUGACCCUAGAAAUGCAGAAUCCUCGUCUACUUCUCAGGUUAAGGCAGUCUACGUAAAGAAUUUACCAAAAGAUAUCACCCAGGAUCGUCUUAGAAGAUUAUUUGAGCACCACGGGAAAAUUGCAAAAGUUGUUCUCCCACCUGCAAAACUAGGUCAUGAAAAUAGUAGAUUUGGCUUUGUGCAUUUUGAAGAAAGAUCAAGUGCCAUGAAGGCGUUGAAGAACACCGAGAAAUAUGAAAUCGAUGGACAAGUUCUGGAUUGUUCUCUUGCAAAGCCACAGGUAGAUCAGAAGUCUUUUGGGGUCGAAAAUUCACAUAAUUCAGCCCUGCUUCCGACCUACCCGCCUUAUCUUGGUUUCGGUAUGAUUGGAGGUGCACAUGGUGCUGUAGGUGCAGGAUUUGGUGGUGCAGGUUUUGGACAAGUACAACCACUGAUCUAUGGUAGGGGACCGACCCCUGCUGGUAUGGCAAUGAUGCCAAUGCUUUUGCCAGAUGGAAGAGUUGGUUAUGUCCUACAACAACCAAGUUUGCAACCACAUAUCCCCCCACCACAGUCCCGAGGCAGUAGAACUGGCCCUGGUGGGAGCUCAAGUGGUGGAAGGCAUGGAAGUGAUAGCAACCGAGGGCGCAACAGGUAUCACCCAUAUUAAGCAGUCAUGGCGAAAUGUGAGUUAAAAGUGGAGACAACUUUCCGUCUUUACAAGUUAUGAACCCUCCAAAGUUUGGAGGGCAGCUUGAGUGUGGACGGCGCAGAAGCGAUAGCACCAAGGACGCAGCCAUCAUCACCCAUAUUUAAGCAGUUAUGGUGAAAUGUGAAUUCAAGUGGAGAGAAGUUUCCCGUCUUAUAAUCUCUUUUAACAUUUAAAGCCAAUGUAGUUUAAGCGAAAUCCAACAAGGAUAUUAGCAAAGACAAAUGGCUAGAACCACAUUAUGUAUUUGCAUUAAACUAUUAUUACCGUGAGAUGUGAGUUCA